AAAAACGGCGGUGACGCAAAAAACGUCACAAGGUAUAAAAGCUAAGUCCCUCCUCUUCUCGCUCAUUCCUGGAUUUGGUCAAAGGUUUCAAUUCGUUUUCCCGAAGACUCAACCGUCGAGGACUUCGACCAACCACCCAAAUUGAUAUUUUUUCUUCAAGUAAUGGACAUCUGAUUACUAUUUUUGCCUCCAGUUUGUUCUUGAAGGAAAAGGCUAGCUUUUAGCUACCAAAGCCCCACCCAUUAGAAAUUUUGAAGCAGUGUUGUGGAGUUCUGAGACAAUAUAAAACUUCUACUUCAACAUUUAAACCGAAAAAUGGAGGGGGUGCCAGUGGACCCCAAACAGAUUUUGAAGGGAGUAGAGCUUCUACUUGGGAAGGAUGGGGGACUCUGCAGCUUGGAGGGAGUACCAAAGAUGUUCAGCCUAAUGAAAGCGUCUGCCAAGAUGGUCAGUCGGUGUAUGUACUUGAACAUCCUACUUCAUACAAAAUCACAUGAUGUUCUCAACAGGUUUAUCCGAGUCGGUGGCUACAGGCUGCUGAAUUCGUGGCUCACAUACUCGAAAACCACCAACAAUUCGCCUCUGCUGCAGCUUAUUCUGCUCACUCUGCAAAAGUUGCCUCUCAAAGUGGACCAUCUCAAACAGAACAACACAGCUAAGCUGGUAAAGCAACUGUGUAAAAGUGCAGAGACUGAAGAAUUGAGGAAGUUGGCGUCUGUGCUCGUCGACGGCUGGAUGGCAACAAUUCGCUCCCAGAGUGUAUCGAGCAAUGCCAGCAGUCCCGGUGAUAAGAAGAAGAAGAAAGAAGAUGGCAAGGUGCCACUCAGAGAGGUGAAGGACAAGAGUGCAGAGGAUGAGAAAAAGAAAGACAAGGCUAAAGCGCAUGCCCCGAGUCAUGCGAAAAUCCGCUCCAUAGGUCUAGAGAUGGACACUCCAAAUCCUGCCCCCGCAAAGAAAAGCCCGGCUGCUCCCCAGCUGGGUGACAAGUACAACAUCAAGCCUCCAGUCCUCAAGCGGUUAAGUUCUGGUCCAUUUGAUAAUCCUCCUCUUGAGAAGAAAUACAAACCUCUAAACACGCCGUCCAACUCGACCAAAGAAAUUAAAGUCAAGAUCAUUCCAGCGCAACCCAUGGAGUGCACGGGGUUCCUUGAUGCGCUCAACUCCGCUCCAGUGCCUGGAAUCAAGAUCAAGAAAAAGAAACCUGCAGCUACUUCACCCUCUAGCGCCAAGGCUGUGUCCCCGACCUCAAAUAAGACAAAUCCAUUUGACAGUAAACAAUCGACAUAUUCCUCAUCUUCUGGCAAACCAACAUCUCCAGAGACCGUUUCUUCAAAUGCGACUGAUGAAAAUCAGGAGCCAGAUCGGCCCGGGACCCCCGUGCCCACCGAAGACUCGGACUCCAUGGACACCGGAGACAAGCCCAAUGCUCUGUCAGAACCUCGUGGGGAAGAAGACCUGACUAAGAAGGGCAAGAAAAAGAAGACUGUUCACUGGGCUCAGGAAGAUCAUCUCAAGCAUUAUUUUUAUUUUGACCUGGAUGAGACAGAGCGAGUCAAUGUCAAUAAGGUGAAGGACUUUGGUGAGGCGGCCAAACGGGAGUUGAUGAUGGAUCGACAGACGUUUGAGAUGGCCCGACGGCUUUCUCACGACGCUAUGGAGGAGAGGGUCCCCUGGACACUCCCCAGGCCGCUGACAUUACCUGGCAGUCUGGUCAUUCCUGGCUCCAACAGCACAGAAAAGCUUACCCAGCGGGACCGUGAGAUGGGAAUCUUACAGGAGCUCUUCCUCAGUAAAGAGAGCGUACCCGACACUCCGCACGAGCCAGACCCAGAGCCUUAUGAACCUAUGCCCCCUCGACUCAUUCCCCUGGAUGAGGACUCUUCAGUACCAGACGAUAGCUACCCUGAGCCCAUGGACCCAUCUCAGCAGGUUCCAGCCCUGGGCCAAAACGAGGGCUCCAAGCUGCCGCCUGUCCUGGCCAACCUGAUGGGCAACCUUAACAGCAAUUCGCGUAGCCCUCAGACCGCAAACACUGUCAGCAAUCCGGUCACACCGGCCGUCAACGUACAGGAGCUGCUCACGUCUAUCAUGGGCGCUUCGAGCAGCCAAUCGACCGAAGACCUCAUCAAGCAGCCGGACUUCUCGGAUAAGAUUAAACAACUUCUGGGUUCCCUGCAGCAGACACAGAACCAGAACCAGGGACCCGCACCAGUCAACCCGAGUCUGCUGGGUCACAGUCCCAUGAACAAUAUGAACAACAUGCACAUGCAGCAGAUGCCUAUGAACAGUGGCUUCCCACCAAACAUGCCUCCAGGCGGCCCCCGCUUCAACCACCCCCCGCCGCCUCAUAAUCACGGGCCGCCUUUCAACAGCGGCGGAGGCCCACCACGCAUGAUGGGGCCGCCGCCGCCGGGGCCGCCGCCGCCGCCGGGGCAGGGCCGCGGGGACAACGGCAACUACUGGGGAGACGACUCCAUGAGAGGCGGGCCCCACCGAGGAGGCCAUUUCCACCGGGGAGGAAGGGGCCGGGGAGGAGAGCCGGGCUUUCGGGGCCGAGGACGAGGGGGGCCGAGAGGAGGACACAAUAUGAAUGACAUGUCCAUGCGGCCCGUUUGUCGCCAUUUCAUGAUGAAGGGAAACUGCAGGUACGAGAGCAACUGUGCUUUUUACCACCCCGGUGUCAAUGGGCCACCCUUCCCCCCAAACAACCAGCACGGACACUAAGCGGCUGCCCCAUAAGCGUCAUAUUGGACAUUCAUCAAACCACUGCAGCGUGAUUCUCCCAUGAUGAGAUGAUCACUGUUUUUAACAGACUGAAAAGACUGAAAGCUUCCCACUUUUGGCCACUAUGUCUGCCCAACCGCCCGCCCGCCCGUCACUGUCGACAUCCGCAACUUGCUUGAACGUAAUUUCCCUCCAAUUGCCUUUCAGCGGUGUCCCCUUUUCUCCUUGCCUGAUUCCUUGGCAGCACUUUAAAAUGAAAUGGUAAAUGAAAUGAUACCACAAAUGAUGAUUGAUCUUGAACAACUAGAUUUCAAUGAUGAAUGAAACUUUGUCCUGAAGAAGCAAGGAAACCAUUUCCCCUGCUCAUAGCCGCCGCUGGUAAAAAACAACAACAUUGUGCUAAAGAUGAUGACAACCUUCUAUGUGCUACCUUCGAGUUUAUUUCUGCUUUGUGACUGGACAACUUCUUUUUGGAGCAAAUUAUGAAUUAAUGAUGAGUCUGCCGAUACAGCAAAUGACCUCUGAACUCUCCAUCUUAACCUCAGAAAGAGGGGUUUGAAUGUCAGUAUUAUGAUGAAGCAUUCUGCAGGUCAGCUAUGGUGUGUGUGUGUGUGUGUGUGUGUGUGUUUUCUGUGAAAACAAUGACCUUUGUCUCUUGUGGGACUUUGUUUGUUUUUCUUUUCCCCCUCCGUGUUUUAUUUUGAUAAAUGUCAAAAAACAGGUGCCCUUUUUUAUGACAGGUUCAUUGAUUGUACUGUAACGCUGUCUACAAUACAUGUUCACGUGGUCAUAUUUUUCUGUUGAAUUAUUUUGUACACUAUUAAAAAUGUUCAAUUAUAA